AUUAAAGACCCAAGAAUAGUCCUCGCCUAAAUUGACCAAAUAUCACUCACAAAUACAAUCCACCAUUAUUAACUUUUAUACGCACAAAUUUAAAUUUUCGAAAAAGGAGCUCCUAAUAAUAAGAGAGAGAGGGGGAGAUAUAUAGGAGAGAAAGAGGCAGAUUAAAGAUAAGCCAUCAACUCCGCACCAGUUUCGCCCAGUAACAAGCCUUCAUUUCAGUGCCCAGGGAACCCCAUCUAUCCUCAGUUUCUUCCUUCCCUUCAUCUUUAUCAGAGAAAAUGGAAUUCCGCGUGGAAGAAAGAGCCUUGAAGUCAAGCCUACUUAGAGAACUAGAAACAAAAACAACCAGCGAACAAGCUUUCUAUGAAGAUUUCUUGGCUCUGAACACACCUGGUGUUGUUUCAUGUGAUCAAGAUUUCUCAGUUGAUUGUUUCCUGGACUUCUCUAAUGGUGAAUUCAAAGAUGGUUAUGUACAAGAACAAGAAGAAGAGAAAGACUCUAUUUCUGUUUCCUCUCAAGACCGUGUUGAUGAUUUUAACUCCAAUUCCAGCAGUUUUUCUGAUUCUUUUCUCGCAAGUGAACUUGCUGUACCAACUGAUGAUAUUGCAGAGCUUGAAUGGGUAUCACACUUCGUGGAUGAUUCCGUGUCUGAUGUCUCUCUUUUGGUUCCUGCCUGUAAAGGAUCAUCCAAACGCCAUGCAAAGAACCGGUUUGAACCAGAAACCAAACCUACUUUCGCAAAAACUUCUUGUCUUUUUCCUUCACGGGUUCCCUCCAAGGCGAGAACCAAAAGGUCCAGACCCAAUGGUCGGACCUGGUCGGCUGGGUCGAACCAAUCAGAGACACCGUCAUCGUCAACAUCAUCGACCUCGUCAAUGCCUUGUCUUGUUGCAACCAACACGGUUCAGACAGCUGACUCGUCAUCGUGGUUGAGUGAACAACCGAUGAAAAUUUCAAAGAAAAGACCGGCGGUUCAUACCACUGGGUUAAUGGAUUCAACCCAAUUUCAGCGUCGGUGCAGUCAUUGCCAGGUCCAAAAGACCCCACAGUGGCGAACCGGUCCACUUGGUGCCAAAACUCUAUGCAAUGCUUGCGGGGUUCGUUAUAAAUCCGGUCGGCUCUUUCCGGAAUACAGACCGGCAUGCAGCCCUACCUUUUCGAGUGAAGUUCACUCAAAUAGCCAUCGAAAAGUGUUAGAGAUGAGAAGGAAGAAGGAAGUUGCUGGAGCCGAGCCCAGGUUGAACCAGAUGGUUCCUAGUUUUUGAAGGUUAAUGAUAGGAUGUAGCCAUGUAGGCUUAUUCUGAACCAGAGUCAAACCCAGUUUAGAUGGAGUCCGGUUUUUUAACCUGAAAACCCGGCUUCAGCAAGUCCGUUUCUGCUUGCGGGCUGCAGACUUGUAAUUUGCCACCGGAAGGACAGUUCCACCCUGGUUUCUAGGGAUGUUCUCCUAUCUCUAGUCUUAUCUCUGGUACUUUUUUUAGUGUUUCUUUUAGUUUUGUUUUUGUUUUUGUUUUUUACUUUUUGUUUAGGGCUGAUGAAUAGAGAGGGUUUUAGAAUAGCCAGUUGAAGGGGUAAUAUUUAGUCUUUGCCUAUUCUUGAUUUAAUAUUCCCAGAAUUUUCUGUUUA